GAGAGAGAGAGUGGGAAAAUGACAAAUGAAAAAAUCUCGCUCGUUUACAACAUGAACCCAGUGUGUAGCUGAACCAAACAAGAAGAUAAGAGGUCUCUCUCUGUAUAUUGUUUCCAUUCUGUGUCACUAUCAGCCGGAGAGAGAGUGAGAGUUUUUAGAGAGAGAAAGCAAUGGCGGCAUCACCAUUCUCUGCAACAAACUCAAUUUCACAUUCAAAUUCGAUCUCAAGCUUCGUUAGUCUCAGCCAAAGGUACAUGAAUUCGAAGCCGUUACUGAUCAGACCUCCGCGUUCUUGUCGUUCGCGGAAAAGCCUGACUGUGAAGAACAUCGCUAGCGAUCAAAAGCGAUCACUCAAUGACUCUCCUUCCGAAGAAGGAGUUAUUGGCAAUCGCGAUUCCUUCAGGCCAGAUUCUGCAUCUGUUGUGUCAAGCAUCAAGUACCAUGCGGAAUUCACACCGUCAUUCUCUCCAGAGCAGUUUGAGCUUCCUAAGGCGUUCCACGCAACUGCGGAAAGUGUUCGUGAUAUGCUCAUUAUAAAUUGGAACGCGACAUAUGAUUAUUAUGAAAAGAUGAAUGUAAAGCAGGCAUAUUAUUUGUCCAUGGAAUAUCUUCAGGGUAGAGCAUUGCUAAAUGCAAUUGGUAAUUUAGGGCUUUCAGGGGCUUAUGCAGAGGCUUUGAGAAAGCUUGGGCUCAAUCUGGAGGAUGUAGCUAGGCAGGAACCAGAUGCUGCACUUGGAAAUGGGGGAUUAGGGCGGCUAGCCUCCUGUUUCUUAGACUCUUUGGCAACACUGAAUUACCCUGCAUGGGGCUACGGACUUAGAUACAAAUAUGGCUUGUUCAAACAGCUCAUUACAAAAGAUGGUCAGGAAGAAGUUGCAGAAAGUUGGCUCGAGAUGGGCAAUCCUUGGGAAAUUGUAAGACAUGAUGUCUCUUACCCAGUGAAAUUCUAUGGUGAAAUUAUUCUUGGCGAAGAUGGAAAGAAAGAAUGGGUUGGAGGAGAAGAUAUUAUAGCUGUUGCCUAUGAUGUCCCCAUACCAGGAUAUAAAACUAAAACCACUAUUAACCUUCGGUUGUGGUCCACAAAAGUUGCACCAGAAAAUUUAGAUUUGCGUGCUUUUAAUGCUGGAGAGCAUGCCAAAGCAUAUGAGGCACUAAAAAAGGCUGAAAAGAUUUGCUAUGUUUUAUACCCUGGAGAUGAGUCAAAUGAGGGCAAGACUCUAAGGUUGAAGCAACAGUAUACACUUUGCUCUGCUUCUCUCCAAGAUAUUAUUGCGCGAUUUGAGACGAGAUUGGGUGAACCAGUGAGCUGGGAUACCUUUCCCAACAAGGUUGCAGUACAAAUGAAUGAUACUCACCCAACACUCUGCAUCCCAGAGCUGAUACGAAUAUUGAUGGAUGUGAAAGGUUUGAGCUGGAAGGAAGCCUGGGAGAUAACUAAAAGAACGAUAGCAUACACAAACCACACUGUUCUACCUGAAGCACUGGAGAAAUGGAGUUUGAAGCUUCUGCAGGAACUGCUUCCUCGACAUGUUGAGAUCAUAAAGAUGAUUGAUGACGAGCUAAUUCAUACCAUAGUUUCCGAGUAUGGCACGGAGGAUCUUGACUUGUUGCAACAAAAAUUGAAACAAAUGAAAAUUUUGGAUAAUGUUGAGUUACCUGCCUCCAUCAUGGAAUUGCUUGUUAAACCAGAGGAAAACCCUGUUGUUGAUUCUGUUGAAGAAAAUGAAAGUUCUGAAGAAGCCAUAGAACCUACUGGUAAAGAGGAUCAAUCUGAAGAGCUAGAGCCACUGGUUAUUGAGAGCAAAGAAGAACUAACAUUUGAACCAGAACCAGAACUGCCUGAGAUUGUCCGUAUGGCUAAUCUCUGUGUCGUUGGUGGGUGUGCAGUAAAUGGUGUUGCUGAGAUUCACAGUGAGAUAGUGAAAAGGGAAGUUUUUAAUGACUUUUUCAAGUUGUGGCCUGAGAAAUUUCAAAAUAAAACAAAUGGAGUGACACCAAGAAGGUGGAUUAGUUUUUGCAAUCCACAUCUAAGUAAAAUCAUAACCAAGUGGACGGGAACAGAAGACUGGUUGAUAAACACUGAGAAGUUGGCAGAUCUUCGAAAGUUUGCGGAUAAUGAGGAGCUUCAAUCAGAAUGGAGGGAAGCAAAAAGGAGCAACAAGAUGAAGGUUGUGUCCUUUCUCAAAGAAAAAACCGGAUAUAUUGUCAACCCUGAUGCAAUGUUUGAUGUGCAGAUUAAGCGUAUCCAUGAGUACAAGCGACAAUUGUUGAAUAUAAUGGGAAUUGUUUAUCGCUAUAAAAAGAUGAAAGAAAUGUCUCCUGAAGAGAGAAAAGAAAAAUUUGUUCCUCGAGUAUGUAUAUUUGGAGGAAAAGCAUUCGCUACAUAUAUCCAAGCCAAGAGGAUUGUGAAAUUUAUCACAGAUGUGGGGGCUACAGUAAACCAUGAUCCUGACAUAGGUGAUCUUUUGAAGGUUGUCUUUGUCCCUGAUUACAAUGUCAGUGUCGCAGAAGUGCUUAUUCCUGGCAGUGAACUGUCCCAACACAUCAGUACUGCUGGAAUGGAGGCUAGUGGAACCAGCAACAUGAAGUUUGCAAUGAAUGGCUGCAUCAUAAUUGGAACCUUGGAUGGGGCCAAUGUUGAAAUAAGAGAAGAGGUCGGAGAAAAUAACUUUUUCCUGUUUGGUGCCCGUGCUGAGGAAAUUGCUGGGCUACGAAAAGAAAGAUCUGAGGGAAAGUUUGUGCCGGACCCACGAUUUGAAGAAGUCAAAGCGUUUGUCAAAAGAAGUGUUUUUGGUCCCUACAACUACGAAGAGCUGAUGGGAUCCUUGGAAGGAAAUGAAGGUUAUGGUCGUGCUGAUUAUUUCCUAGUUGGCAAGGACUUCCCGAGUUAUUUAGAGUGCCAAGAGAAGGUCGAUGAGGCAUAUCGAGACCAGAAAAGAUGGACAAAGAUGUCAAUCUUGAACACAGCUGGUUCAUAUAAGUUCAGCAGUGACCGAACAAUUCAUGAAUAUGCAAGGGACAUAUGGAUGAUUGAGCCCGUUAUAUUACCAUAAAGGGAUUGCAUAGUCAAGAGGGGAACCAAGUUUUUCCCAGGUACCCUUUUCGCAUACACGACAAAGUCUUAGUAAGCAAAGUAGUUCCAUAGUUGAUAAUGUUAGUUAGCUAAAUGUAGUACCGCUGAGUUUAAUAUCUCCUAAACUAUGUGAAAUCAGAGCAGUGUGACAUGCACCACUUUUUCAAAGAUAAAAUUGAGAUUAAAACUUCAAAAUUACUUGGUUAGUGGGGUUAGUUACGCAAAUGCAGUUUACUUUUUGUUCAUUUUAGUUAUCCACAGCAUGAUGAGAGAGAGGGAAGAAUUGGAAAAGGAACUGGGCAGAUUUGGUAAUAGUGCAUUAGGCCAUAUUUGGGUCAACUGCAAAAAAAUAACCUUGAAAAAAGAGGGGAGAGACAGGUAGUGAAGAAAAGUAGCCAUUGCAAUUUGUUGGUCCAAGUGCAAAACUACAUUAUUCAAGGGAGGGUGGUGCCUACGUCCGGUGGGUCCAAACCAUCCUGACCCUAAUGGAAAGAGUUUGAGGGAAUAUCCCAACCCGAUUAUAUAUAUUAUUGUAAAAAUAUUGCCUAAUAAAUUUAUUUAUUUCUAUAUUUUUGUUAA